AUGCUUGUUAUCUCCCCUUUGUUUAUUCAAAAUGGCCCGCAUUUUGUUUUCUCCCCUCAUUUCGGUUUGAGGCUAGCACUAAAUCCCGAGGAUGGAUUCAAACAAAAGUCCUCGCCUUUUGGAAAUUACUCGCGCACAAAGAGUCCCGCUUUAACGAUAGCUCACAGGGAGCGUCAAAUCAAUCCUAAUUACAGGAAGCCAGAUUAUAUUCAUUCUGUUCCAAUAUCUAACGAGGCUCCUUUGGAUGAGAUAGAUAAGAGAAUAGAGGCAUUGGUUGCAGAGUUCAAAAUGCUCUUUAAUUCGAUGGAAGAUGGGGAAAUAAGUCCCUCUGCAUAUGAUACUGUGUGGGUAGCGAGAGUUCCUGCCAUUAAUGUCUCCGGUGCACCCCAGUUUCCCCAAAUGGUGGACUGGAUUCCUCAGAAUCAGUUACUGGACGGUUCCUGGGGAGAGAAGAGUCGUUUUUUGUCGUGUGGUAGACUACUCAACACUCUUGCCUGCGUAGUUACUCUAACUAUCUGGAGCGUUGGUAACGAUCAAGUGAACAAAGCUUGCCACAAGAUGCCAUCUGAUGUUCAUGUAGGAGAGGAUACGAAAAUACUUCAGGAGUUAUUUCUUGGCUUCCAGAUCUAUUUGGUACCAUGAUCGAUGGUGACUAUCUUACAUGUUUCAUUUUCCUGUUUUCGGAGAAUGCGAUCUUUUGUGGCUGACCCAAAUGUGUUCCAGAUGUUAUUUAUAUAAUUGUAAUUGAACCUUGGUGGGGCAAUGAAAGAAUGUAGGAGGAUGAUUUCAUUUUAUGUAAUUUGGAUACCUCUUCGAGGUUUAGAUGAAAUGUAUUCUGUAAUGUAUGUUGUUCUAGGCCCAUAAGCCUGUAUGUAAACUGAAUGUUGUCGGCUAGUUUAUGAUGAAUGUAUGAUAUUGUGGAUGUUUGAUUUCACGUUUUCUC